AUGCCGAUGGUGAAGAGAUUGCCAGACCCAGACGCUCCACCCCCACACCAAGUCCUGCCCCUGAGAUGCCAAGCUGAUCUACCCAAUGGAAGGGCAGCUCGCAGGUCUGCCCCCAUCUACCUGAACGUCCUGUCCCCCGCCUCUUACCGAGGCUCCCCGGCCCCUGACCUAGACGACGUGUUCGGCCCCACGGACGGCACCCACACCAACACGCCCUCGUCCACCCCCUCCACCCCCUGUCUCUCUCCAGGUCCGCCGCCAAACGAGCCCCCGCCUUCGCCUCCGUCGCUUUCUCCCGGGUCUCCUCCUCCUCCUUUCACGCCACCAGAAUCACCCUCCUCCAUCGUGCUCGGACCUCCUCCUCCGGAUGAGCCAGCCCCUCCCCUGCCUCCCGACUUCUCCCCCUCUAAUUCGCCUCCAAUAUGCUUCGACCACGAGGCGAUCGAUGAGGAGGUGCUGCAGUUUGCAGAGUACUCUUCGUCCCCUGUCCCAAUCAGCCCUGUGCCCCCUCUGCCAGCAGAGCGGAGGUCUCCUCGGCCAGGAGUCACAUCUCCCCUGGUCCUGGGGGGCAUGGGGGGAAAGAGGACUCCAGAGGGAGCAUACCUGAGAGAUGAUAUCUCAGACUUUGUGGGUUCACCCAGAGAGCUGACACCGAGCUUCAGGGGCACGCCACCUCCUCUCCCUCCAACCACCUACAGGUCUAUUAUGUCUUCCCCAGGGCCCUCCUCCGGCAGCAGCCCCUCGUCCCCAGCCCGUCCCACCACGCCUCAGUCUCGAGGCAGUCCAGUCCCCCCGCCUCCUCCUCCUCGACCGUCCUCGCGACCAAAGCUGCCCCCAGGGAAACCAAUCACAGACCUGACUCGGCCCUUCAGUCCUCCGGUUUCAGGCAGCCCCCCACCUUUCGCCCCCCUGGCCCGGGCAGAGAGCUCUUCCUCCAUCUCCUCCAUUAUCUUACAGAGUGCAGCGUCCACUCCAACCUUAGGAAGGGACCUUAACAUGUCCGCCACAGGAUGCUCCAGAGGACCCAGUCCGCUCACCAUGGGACCCCAGGACACUCUGCCAGUGGCAGCUGCCUUCACAGAAACCAUCAAUGCCUACUUCAAAGGCGCAGACCCCAGCAAAUGUGUUGUGAAGAUCACAGGGGAGAUGGUGCUGUCCUUCCCUGCCGGCAUAACCAGGCAUUUUGCCAGCCACCCAACUCAACCCAUCCUCACCUUUUGCAUCAGCAACUACAGUCGACUGGAGCAGGUCCUCCCCAAUCCACAGCUGUUGUGCUGUGAUUCCACAACAGACAGUGUAGACACCAAGGAGUUCUGGGUGAAUAUGCCAAACUUGAUGAGUCAUCUGAAAAAAGUGGCUGAACAGAAGCCUCAGGCAACAUACUACAACGUGGACAUGAUCAAAUAUCAGGUGUCAGCAGAGGGGAUCCAGUCCACUCCUCUGAACCUGGCGGUGAGCUGGCGAGGUGACACCACCAACACAGACCUUAGAAUAGACUACAAAUACAACACAGAGGCCAUGGCCGCCCCCGUGCCACUACACAACAUCCAGUUCCUGGUUCCUGUGGAUGGAGGCAUGGCCAAACUCCAGGCCAUGAUCCCCCCCGCCACCUGGAAUCCAGAGCAGCAGACGAUACAGUGGAAAAUCCCCAGUCUCUCUCAUAGAUCUGAAAAUGGAGGAGUAGGGGCUCUUCUGGGCCGGUUCCAGAUGACAGAAGGUCCCUGUAAACCCUCACAGCUGGCAGUCCAGUUCAGCAGUGAGGGAUGCACUCUGUCGGGGUGCGACAUCCAGCUGGUUGGGACUGGCUACCGGUUAUCGCUGAUCAAGAAGAGAUUUGCUGCAGGGAAAUAUUUGGCGGAUAAUUAGUGGACCUGUUUGUGAACAGAACCAAAAGAAUCAAUGGCUUUUGACUGUGAAGACUAUGGAUCCAUCCCAUGUUUAGUGCAUUUGAAACUUUAUCCUUAGCAACCAUUAGAAUUAAUGUUUGAGAUUUAACAGAAUAACACAACACACAGAGAUGAUUUUUGAGUUUGUAAUAUCAUUUUCAGUAGACUGACUGCUGCUGAGUUUAUGCAAGUAAAUACAAAUCAUUAGUUUUGUGCACUUGGAACACAUAUGGGCUUACAUGGAGUAAAACAUAGGGAAGCUCUGAUUCUUUGUUCUUGUUUUCAUACUUGUGGAUUCAUAGAGUGAUCCAGCCUUAUUCAUUGCAGUUUCUUUUGUCUAACUAGUCAUUGCAAAUGCACUGUAAAAGAUAAUGUGAAAUGAUUAUAUAAUAUUACAACAAUCUUAAGCAAGGUGGAAAACAAUGGAAAAUGUAAAAAAAAAAGAAAAGAAAAAAGAAGUGUAUUAUAGAGUUGCUUUGCAGUUGUAUUUUAAUAAGUUAUAGGUUCCAUGGUAAUAUCUGAUUUACACUGCCACCUCAAAUCAGAGUUUUUUCCACCACGUGUGAUUGAUCUUUAUCGUUGUCUAAGCAGAAUUUAUGUUUCUGUGUAGACAGCCUUUGAAAUCUCACAGCCCAUUCUAUCAGUCUUGUGAUUGAAGGUGACUGGUCAGUUCACAGUUCAAAUGACCUGCAGCGCUGGAAUAACAUCAGCACUCUUAAAGGUCCCAUGACAUGGUGCUCUUUGGAUGCUUUU